CAAGAAGAAGAAAAACAUUUGAAUCAAUCAAUGGAGUUGGAGCAAGUCCUUCACAUGAAUGGAGGAGUUGGAGAAAAAAGCUAUGCAAGCAACUCUAAUCUUCAAAAAACAGUGAUAUCAAUGGUUAAGCCCAUACUAGAAGAAAGCCUGUCGGAACUAUAUUGCAACAAGUUCCCAGAUUGUUUGAUAAUGGCAGAUCUGGGUUGCUCUUCAGGACGCAAUGCUUUUCUAGUGUUAUCUCAAAUUAUAGAUGUCAUGAUAAAAGCUGCAGAAUCCCACAAAUCAAAGCAGCAGCCACCACCUUCUUUGCAAGCUUUCUUGAACGACUUGCCUGGAAAUGAUUUUAACACUUUGUUUAGAUCUUGGCCAAGCUUUUACAGCAAGUUAAGGGAUGAGAAAAGAAGCAAAUUUGGUGGAUGCUUUGUAGCAGGAGCUCCUGGUUCCUUCUAUUCUAGGCUGUUUCCUGAUAACUCUUUGCAUUUUGUUCACUCCUCCUAUGCCAUCAUGUGGCUCUCCGAGGCACCAAAAUUGUUGAACGAGGGCAACAUAUGCAUGGCAAAAACAAGCAAUCCUGCUGUUUAUAAAUCAUACUUGGAACAAUUCCGAGGAGAUUUCAGAGUGUUUCUCAAGUUUCGAUCGGAAGAGUUGAUCCCCGGCGGUCGGAUGGUGCUGACAACUAUGGGCAGCAUCAAGAGUGAUGAUCCUCUCACCAUAUGGGAAUUUGUUGGGUUAAAACUCAAUGACAUGGCCUUAGAGGGCCUAAUUGAAAAGGAGAAGUUAGACAAAUUUAAUCUGCCAUACUAUGCUGCAACAGCAGAAGAGAUAAAGAGAGUGAUAGAGGAAGAAGAAUCCUUGAGAUUGGAGAGACUAGAAGCUUUCAAAAUGGACUGGGAUGCUUAUAUUAAGAAAGCUGAUCCUGAGCUUGACAAGAAAGCAAGAGCAGCCAUCUUUGCCUCUAGCAUAAGAGCUGUGGGUGAACCAAUUUUGGCCAGCCAUUUUGGAGAAGCUAUGAUGGAUGAUUUAUUUCGUAGGUUUGAAGAGGAUGUGCUCCAUUACAGGGACAUCCACAAUUGCCAGUACAUUAAUAUUGUUAUUUCUUUGUCCAAGAAAGUUUAAUUUUACAUGUUAGCUUAUUUUAUAAGAAUCAGCAUUAAACUGACGAAAUAAUUUGGUUUCAAAUAUGGACAUUGCUG